ACUGGUGGGGGGGAGGGUGUUCCCCCCAUGGCUGAUAAUGUCGGCUGGGAAGCACAAGUGGUGCUCCCAGAAGGGCCAGCGGUGCUCCUGGAAGUGCCAGCAGCACUUCACCUGGCUCCUCCACUCCUCGGCCAGCACUCGCAGGGGGGGCACCAGCACUCCUGCAUGCCCCCCCUGCCCACUGACUAAGUGGGGAGCGCUGCCUGUCAGGGGGUGCACCAGCACUCUCAGGGGGUGCACAUGUACCCCUGUGCACCCCCUACAUGUCACGACUGUCUACAUGACAUGUUUACUACACAUUAGACUAAUUAGCUAUGCAGUAAAUGUCUCAGUGUCUCCAUGUGUGCCCCUAUUAGGCUGGAGUAGACUAAUUUAUUCUGCAGCAGGAUAGUACUAUCCUGCUGUGGAGUUAAAAACACUUUAAAAACUCCACAGCAGCACAUGUGUAGACACUGCCCUGGCUGGCUUGAACAUGAGGGUGCUUCGGUGUGAGGGUAGCCCUGAAGCACCUAGUCCUGCAUGGAAGCUCCAGCUCAACAUGCUGCGAUCCCAGGUGCACAUGCAGAUGCGCGUCCCGGAGCAAUAAACUCCAGGCCAAUAAGCUCCGGAGUUUAUCGCUGCACGUUAUUAGUCAUGUCUAAAUGCGCCCACUUCUUCAAAGAAGCGUGAGCUUUCAUAGCCAACAAUCUAUUUUGUCAGAUGUCUUAGCAGACUAACACAGCUGACUGCCUAUUUUAAGCUACAGUAAUGAAGUGGUUGUGUAGAACAAAUUACAGAAUCUGAAGAAGUGCAGAAAAAGACUGAAAAUAAGCAGCAUGGAAAAACUUCCGUCUAGGGAGAAAUUGCAGAGCUGGAAUGACUAAUUCAGAGAGCUGAUGAAUAAGACGGGACAAGACAAAGAGGUAGAUAUAUAUAGUUAUGAACAAGAGUGAGAAGGAAAUUCAGGCACUUCUGUUUUCUCUUUCUCAUAAUGCAGAGAGAAACAAAAUGACACUGAAAGAGCAACUCUCAAACAAAUAAAAAGAAAUGCUUUUGUACACAGUGCAUACGUGAAACUUGCUACAAGCUCUUGAGCAUAAUUAAUUUAAUAGCUUUUACUUUAAUAACUCUAGAGUAUUCAUGCAUGUAUUAGGAAUGCACUGUAAAUGGCAAUGAAGAAACAAUUAAGUUGUAUCAUGGAGGACAGUGCUGUCCAUCCCAUCUGGCCUCACGGCAUGGGUGAGUGGCACAGAGUUGGCCUGUGGGCUAGAUUCAGCAUAGAAUUGGCACAUGGGAAUGAUCUUUGAGUGCAAUCUGGUGCCAUAUCAUCCCCCCAGGCCUGAAAAUUUUGUGGCAGGGGAGCAGUGGCAGCAGUAGUUGUUAUUUUCCUAGAGUCAUAGUAAUAAACACUGCCAAAUUUUUGGGCCCAUGGAGAGCCCCAUGGGCCAGAUGACAUGGCUCCGGGGGAAAGAUCCAGCCUGCAGGUUGUAGGUUGAGUACCACUGAUCUAGGCUAAAAAUGUACAUGCAUCAGGACACAAGUCAGCCCUUGAUUACCUACUGUUACAAAGACACUAAGGGCAGAAACCUAUUUUACUUUAUGCACCUGAAUGGUAUAUAUGCAGCCAUGUAACUGUUUUUUGGCAGGAAGAGCCUCCCAUGGUUUAGUACAGUAGCAUAACGAUUAGGGCCCUUGCCUGGGGAAUGGGAGGUCCAGGUUCUGAGUUCUCCCUCCCUCACUCAGAGGCAGUUUGAACCUGCAUUCCCUGCUUCCCUACAGGUUUGGGAUUAUUCAGCCCUCACUUCAACCCUUCCCUUGAAACUGAUUUCCUGAGCAGCUAAAAGAAGGAGAUAUGUAAGGCCAAUGGAUGGUAGUGGGUGUGUAAUACAGUAAGAUAGAUGCUGCCCUGGGUGGGAAGAGGCCCUGGGUUUUAUCAUAGGACCUUGGUCCAAUGCGAAAGAACCUUUUCCACUUCUCUAUCCAUUUUAUCCAGUGAAUAUGAAAUGCAAGGUGCAGUAAUCCAAUAAGCACAUUAUCAGAAAAUUGUCUGUUAUGGAAGUUUUAAACUUUCUGUGGAAGCAUCUGAUGCUUCCCCCUGGAGACUGGACUAGCUGAAACUUUGGAGCGAUCCAUUGUUUCAAUUCUGUGUUACUAUAUUGACCAAGGCUUUUCUAUUUAAGGCUAUUAUACUAUGUUCGGCAGUCAGAUGACGCAAACACUUUCUAUGAGGGCCAUGGAGUGAGCAUCUUGCUUGGUAGAGUAGUUGCCAGGUAGCCAAUAGGCAGAUGCUAUCAUGAUAAUGUAUCCUACUCUCUUUUAAGGUGAUCUGUAAGCCAAAGGGCAAGAAAACUCAGCACACAUUUCAGUACUUGAAACCAAAUACCAAUUACUGCAUCAGAGCCAGAGAAGAGGAUCCAGCCAAAAGAAAAGAGGCAGUACAAUGUACCAAGACAAAACUCAGUCCACGAAAGCAUCCAGCUAUUGAAUAACAGACAACCCUCCAGCCACCUGGGUGAACUUCUGCCCAUCAUGUCUGGAAAGAAGAGGGAGCUACAAAGGAUGCAAGAGUGACUUGAUGUCAGUAAGAUGAGACUGGUUUUCAUGCAAUACCUGCCCAUGGCUCAACCACAAGAUUGUGAUUGUGUCCUGCUUGAUGAUGGAGUAGGAAGAGGACUUUGUUAAUUAGCUACAUCUGCUCACAGAGCCUGGGCACCAGACUGGGAUUAAAAUACUGGGGAGUAGAAGAAAGACAGUUCCUGUUCCUGUGCUCAAAGCAGGGGGUGAGAUGCUCUUCCUUACUGAGGUGAUAUGCAUUCUCUCACCCUUGCUUGGAGUUCCCCUAUAACUCCUCUUUCUCCUUGGUUGGACCAGUGAGAUCCCCUGCUCCUGUUCUGCAUCUGUAUUAAUCACUGUCCAAACCUGACUUGUUGUGAUGGGAACAUGGAGAACCCCCUGCUUUGGUGGAACUUGCACUCUGCUGCCAAGAGAUGUCUUAUAUAUGUCAGGCUGGUCAAACCCCAGAGGCAGGUCUCCUUCAUCCCUUUCAUGUCUUCUCCCUCACAAACUAUUCUGGACCCUUUGCAGAUUUCCUCUGGGACCUGGUUGUUGCUCUGAUUGUCUUCACAGUGCUGCUUCUGCUGGGUGCAGCUGGCUUGUACUUCCUCAAACUCUAUGUGUAUCCAAGCAUCUCAGAAAUACCCUUCCCCAGAAUUCUGACUGUUCUGAAUGAAGAACCGAACAUGAAGGUCUGCACCAAGGCAUCUGCCUGUGACCUUGAAGGUGACUCAUUCUCUCUGAUUUCAGUGACUGGGCUUUCCUCCAGAAGUCACUUCACAACAGAGCAGAAAAAACCCCAAACCCAGCUGCUUCCAAGAGGCUACCAUGCCCAGAAAGUGGAUGAGUACUGUGCCAAUGGGUUUGACCUUGUCUACCACGAAAGUAAGACUUCUUGUAGUUCUUCCAACAAGCUGAGCUUUGCUGGUGCUGUAGACUCUGAAGCCUCUUUAUCAUCAGCAGGACUGGUAAAGGGUAACAAUUCAAGUGAAGGACAGUACAUGUCCACUUUGAAGACCCAGCUUCCUGACAGCUUCCUGGUGUCUCCUAAGAAGCCAUCUCCAGUGUCCACAGACCUGGUCCAGGAUGGUUAUACAAGUGACAGUCACUACCAGACUGGUUCAGGAACCCCGACUCCUUUGAACCUCCAGAUUUAUUCUAUACGUACAUCUCUGGUGUCAGAAAGCAUCAACAGUAUCCCAUCAUAUCACUCAGGUGCAACCUUCUCUAAGGAUCUUAAAAAGAAAAUUAGUAGCAUGAGGACAGAGUGGCCACCUCUUUGUUGGGUAGAUAUUCCUCUCAGCUCUGUGAAACUGCAGGCCAGUGAGAAGACUGGAGGCCACCUUGUUCCAUCUCUUGGGGAUUUGUGUAAAUGCAGCCUUCCAACAAUGAAGGACUACAGUGUGCAAAAAGCAAGCCUGGGUCAGAGUGCCAAAGCAUGCCAGGAGUACCUGCCUGUGAGUCAAGAGCAGCGUGAUCUCUUGGAACAUACAGACUGUAGUAAUGAUGCUAGUAGUGACUCAUCCCCAGAGGCUAACAGCACUACAAAAAAGGCUUCCUUUGGCUAUGAGUUACAUCCUCAGGCCUGGUCCUGUACCCAGUGAUGAUGAAUCUGGGGAGACGGCACCAGGGUAUAGGGAGAUUUCCCACGUGUUUAUUCACAACAAGUGGGCUUGACUCUCAUCUUGUAUUAUGGUGUAAAACUGUGAAAAGCUUUGCACAGUGGGAUCAGACUCUGGAAUCAGGUCCAAACCAAAACCCAGCUCCCAGUCUAGAAAUCUGCAUUGCCCAAGUUGGAUUUUCACUGAUGGGAUGAUGAUACUUGGGUAGUUAUCCAACAGAGAUAAAUUUGAGCUGUGAAUUACUUAGGUGUAUGAUUUUGGUGCCAGGCCACCUACAGUUGAAAUUCAUUCAGGCUCAUGUUUUUUUCUGAAGUUCCAAGUGAGUUUUUGAGUCCAUCUGAACAUGAUAUAUAAGGUGAGCAGAACAGAAGGGAAAAGCUCACAAAAUAACUGCAUUUCUCUUACAGUUUUUGAGACAGAUAUGCUAGAUGUGUCCAGAUGAGUGCACACAUGUGGAUUGUGGUGCCUCAAAACUAUUUGAAGCACAACAAACCAUAAGUGGCAAAUUUGCAGCAUGGCACCAAAAUUUGAUACUGGAAAUUCUUGGUAUAAAGAAAAACAAAAAACUACUGCAAAACCGCCACAAACCUGUCAUGGCUCAUGCUCCAGGAGUGUGCACUAGAGCAACUGGAGGCUGGGUCCUCCACAGAGACGUUCUGGCUGACAGCUAGAGUGUCUCCACUGCUUUAGGUGUCCACCAGCUCCUUCAGCAUGCCAGGAGCUGGGAGGAGUGGAGAAAGAGCGGGAAUGGGGAAACAGCUACAGGGGCAUUUUGCCCUGCAGCAAACCUCAUGUGCAGGGAUGUGCACGGAGGCAAAAAGCAGCAGCACAAAUUUGUGCCGCAGCAAAUGCACGUCCCUUCAUGUCGGUACAUGCCCACUCAGCAGGGAAUGAAUGUUUUCUGUCGUAUCUGGUGAGACACUGGAAACAGUGUAUAUAUUAUGUUGUAAAUAUUCAUUUUAUAACAGUAAUUUAUUAUGGAAAAAUCUCUUUAACGGCCUCAUAUUUCUGUGGUAUUGGAUGUCUCCAGCUCUGCAAAUAUGAAAUAAAACUGUAAUAUGCUGAAACAAACAUAAGAAAAAUA